AUGGACUCGAAUCCGUACCUACCGGGUAGCGCUGCGGCGGCCAACGCCGGGAUGCUGAGUCACGACGAUAAGUCGGGAAAUGAUUUCGACUUCAGUAUCCCCUCGGAUUUAUCUCCCGAUAACGGCGGAGCGCCUACCGAGGAAGCGCCUACCGACUAUUACGAGGAAGCGCCUACCGACUAUUACGAGGAAGCGCCUACCGACCAUCUCGACGGAGUACCUACUGGCAAUCGCACCACCCUGCUCCCAGAACUGGGUAGUUUUCUGUUGCCUGAGCAGGAACAGUCUAGGGCAGUCUCGCCGGGCGGAUCCUUGAACCUCAAUGCUUUUCUGUCCGGUCCUCUUCUGUCCGAUCCUCUUCUGUCUGAUCCUCUUCUGUCUGAUCCUCUAACACCAGCACCAACACCAGCACCUCCAACUCAGACACACCCUGGACUUGCUCCCCCUGGGCACAACCUAUUAGGGCCCCCCUCUAUGAAUUAUGCGGCCAAUAGCUUCUACCCAACGGCGCAAAAUCCCUACCCCCCACAGCAGAGCUUUACCAGCGUUAGCGCUCAUGGUGAUCAAAUGUAUCUCCCGAGUUGGCAACCACCGCUACCCGACAACCGGUAUACCAAUGGCUAUGUUCAAACCCAGAAUACAUGGAACACCCCUAUGGGCCAAGUUCCUCAGCCGAACCGAUUCCCGGACAAUACCCAAAACCUGCUCUACGGAGCGCAGCAACCCAGCAGGAACUAUUCCCCAGUUACUGGCCACUAUGUUUCCAGUGUUAAUUAUGAUUCUGACUCAGAGACCCUUGGUAAUGAAAACAACAACAAUCAAAUUAACCCAGGUGACAAAAUCAGCUAUGCGCGCGGAGACAAGGCAAACAAACUCAAAAUCGCUGACCCGUCCAAGUUCUACACAAAACCUAUGGAAAUGCCCCAACCGUGGGAGAUUGAUGGUACUACCUUCUCCUAUGACGCGUAUGGUCACUUGACUAGUGGCCUAACGUUCAAUGCAGACCAAUUGCGCAAUUACUUCGAAUAUUGCCCUCGACAACUGCGUCUCUGGGUUCAGCAUCACCCGGCACAGUGCAACUCACGAAUGAUCGGUCGAGAUCAUUCGUGUCGUUAUAGUGGAUGUCCGGUUCUAAGCAAGAAUAUCGGCCCGGGCUGGCAUCGCGUGGUCUUCGACGAAUACUCUUUGCUCACCAAAAAUGGCGACAAAGACCCCUUCCAUAUCGCUGGAGCAAUGCAUCUCUGGUGCUUCGAGCGGUGCUUCGACCCUGCGCAAUAUUACCACAAAGGUGCUCUCCGCCCAGACGUCCGAGUCCUCCCGAAAGAGGAGAAGAACCCUAUGGCAUUAAACCGACACCCGGACAAACAUAUCGUUGAGCAGACCUUCAUGCCUUGGAUUAAAAGGCAGUUGAAGAUAGGUCCACAGAUGAUGCCUCGUCCUGAGGAAGAGUCGCUUUCGCAGGCGCUCUUCAAUCAUCACCUAACAGCUCAAUCGGUUACUCGUCAGAUGACCCGGGACAAGCGCUUCAACAAGAAGCAAACAAAGGUGAAAAAGACGGCUGACUGUCACAAAGGAAACCUGGGCUUAUGGGUCGCUGAAAACAACAAGGAGAGGGAGCAAAAGCGGCUGGAAAAGCAAGUAACCAAGGAAAUGAUGAUGGCACACGGGAUGAAUGCGAACACCAACCUCUUUGGCAACAACACUGCUGCACGAAUGGCCCAGGGGGCGAACGACGAGACAAUCCCAGCACCCUCGAUGCAGCUGCUAGCUCAAGCAACCUACCCAGAGGACCGCCUGUUGAUGCCCCCACCACCUCCGCGGGGCUCAGACGUCAGCUCUAGCUCAGACGGCAGAGGCAGCUCUGGCCCAGAUGUCAGAGGCAAGAAGCUUGUCGGCAAGAAGCGGGCGCGAAACGACGGCGAGGACGACGACUCUGACUCUGACUCUGACUGUGACUGUUUGCCCGAUCCAAGCGACGAGUUCGCCGGCCCACGAAUAUACAAGCGAGCGCACAAGCGUGUCCGUAUCAGCGAGGGGGAUGAGGCAGAUGCGGGCCUACGAAAGUUCAACGAGAUGCUGAAAAGACGCGCGGGCGAACUUGGCUGCCGCCGCCGGACGUGGUGCAGCGGGGAUGACCCUAGGAGGCUCCAGCGUGGAAUCCUCGCCUAGAGGUCAACGGUUCCAAAAGACGAGUGUCUUUGCCGGGCAAGUGCCGCGAGUUGUUGCAGAUCUUGGUUUGCUUCCCCCCCUCUCUUGGCUCAGCUGGCCUGGACACCCUCCACGAACUGAGUUGGCAAAUACGUUUGUCUUUCUUGUCUUUCUUGUCGGUUUUG